AUGGACAAUUAUAUUGUUGAAUGCGAUUCAGCUUAUCAGGCAAAUGGUGAAGUUAUUCUUCUUCAAAAAGAUGCUCAGCCCGAGGGGUCAACAGUGGAGACCACAGACGAUACAAAGCCCCAAGCACUCCCAGAAGAACUUAUCCAAAAUGAUGAAGCACAACCAGAAAAAUCUGUUGCCAACACAUCUGCAGAAAACCAAGAAGAUGCAACAAUUGACCAGACAAACGUAGAACAGGAGGCUGCUGAGGUCUCUGCAGAUAUUCACGUAGAAGAACAUAUCCAACAUGGCGAGGCACAGCCAAUUUCUUCAGCAAAGGAAAAUCCAGAGGCUGUGUCUCCUAUGGAGCCAGCUGAGCAACCAGUUGCCAACACAGCAGCAAAAAACAAAGGAGAAUGUGCUGAUAUAAUAGUUGACCGGUCAAACACGGAACACAUUGAGGUCAAGGUCUCUGCAGAUGCUCAUGUGGAAGAUCCUGUUGCAGAAACAUCUGCUACGGUUGGCACAGAGGAGAGUAAAGACGUCCCUGCUGCACCUUCGGAACCUUCAGACAAAACACAGUCAGUAAAUGCAAUACAUUUGGAGGAUGCAGGAGUAGAAUCAACUGUCCAACCUGCAGAGGAGAGUUGUGGGAAAUGUCCACUAGAACAGGCUGCAGAAAAAAUAGCUGAAACCGUAGCUGAGGCUCUAGUGGAGUCAUCCCCUGACAAGAGUGAUGUGAUUAAUGCAACCCUAGGAGUUGAAUCUGCUCUCCAAGACAAUGUUGAACCAAUCCCUGACUUAGUGGCAGAAUCUGCAUCUGAAUUGCCCUCUCAACCUGCUGCUGAAACUGCUGCAGAGGGGAGUUGUGAGAUAGCUUAUUCAGAACAACCUGCUGGGGAAACAGUUGAGGCUGUAGCUGAGGUUAUUGCAGAGUCAUUGCCUGAGACCCCUGUUUCAACUGAAGCUGCAGGAGAAGAGGGUGCUCUCCAAGACAGUGUGGAACCAAUCCCUGAAUCAGUGGCAGAUACUGUAUCCAAAUUGCCUAUUCAACCUGUUGCUGAAACUACAGUCAAGUCUCUAAAGUGUAAUGUCGACUCUGCAGCAGAGUCAGUUUUAGAGACCAGAGCUGAAGAGGUAGUUGAGUCUGAAAUCCAGCUUGCUGACAACACUAUCGUUGAGCAAAGUGUUGACACACCCAAGAGUGCAGCAGAUCGUGUGGAUGAGUUGAGCAUCGAAGAUGCAGUUGAACCUGUGACAGAUUCAGAUGCUGAAGCUGUUCAGGAUAAGUUAGCUUACAGAGCCAUUGAACUGAUAGAGGCAUUAGAUGUGGAGCCACCCACAGCUGAAUCUGCUCCUGAACCCCUAAAAUAUCAAGAGCAAUCCCAUACUGAGGAGACGAAACUGAACCAGUCUGAUGAUACCAACACCUCUGAAAAGUUUGAAAAGCCUGUGGAGGAGCCACAAUCCACACAAACUCUUAAUGACACCAGGUACAGCAGAAAUAUUUGUUCAUUCUGUGACAUAAUAAUUGAUGGGAAUGUCAAGCUCACAUUCAGUGAACCUCUGAUGAAGUGCCAUCCAGAGUGUCUGAAGUGUGGUGUGUGUGCUAAGGCCCUGGGAGAUAUGCUGACCCCCAUAUUUUUGCAUAACCAAGGGAUCCAAUGUGAUGGCUGCUUUGCAAAAACUCUCUAGACCUGAAACCUAACUGGGACAAUUGUCAUCAGAGAAGACCCAAAGACCCAAAGCAUACUGUGAUUUCUGAAUGUAUUUUAGGACAUAGUGUAUUGUCAGGAUUAUGUAAUGAAAAGGUUUGGCACCAUAUUAUUUAUUGCCAAAGAUGAUUAAAGUCCCCCUACACUCAGAAAUAUGUUUUCCUUCUUGUUCCUACAGUGUGAUGUUUUAGCUUCACUAUGCAGGAUGAUAUAUGUGCACAGUUUGACACUAGAAGGAUGUUUUCACAUUCAUUUGCUGAAAGUGGAAAGUUUCUCUGUGCUCACUGAAAAUUUAGAUUUUAAGGGGCGGGCUCUAUGAACAUAAUUUAUGACAUCACAAAUAGUUUGGAAGUCAACCCUGGUCCAGUUUGCAACUUAUAAACGUGUGGUAUAGAAAUUUGAAGCCACCAUUGCACACACAUUUAUAAUGGAUGCAGUGCAGUAGGAGACAUCUUUUGUCCACCAGGAAAACCUUAGAAAUUAACAACAUUUGCAUAUUCAGAGAUUCUGGAAUUUUAGUUAGAAAAGGAGAUUUUUAAAGAUUUUUCUUUUUUUUUUGCAGAAAAAACAUAUCAGACACACAUUAUUGUUUCAAGCAGACUAUUUGUAUAUGUUGGAAUACAUGUCUGGAGGAGAUUUCUAAAUGAAGUACA